GGGCGGGAGAGAGGGAGAGCGAGAGAGGGGCGGGGGGGGGGGGGGGGGGGGGAGGAGAAGAGGGAGGAGAGCGGGGACAAGGAGCUUGAGCAACUGUUUGGCUACCCAAUGGAGAUACUGAAGGGAAAGCAGGAGAUGAGGGCAUGGACAAGGCAAGUGAAGAGAGCAGGCAGGAAUGUGGGUCUUGUCUGCACAAUGGGCUUUCUGCAUGAAGGACAUCUGUCACUUGUUCACGAAGCUAAAAGAUGGGCAAACAAGGUUGUGGUGUCAAUCUAUGUCAAUCCCAGCCAGUUUGCUGUUGGCGAAGAUCUUGACACAUAUCCCCAGGAUAUAGAUGCAGAUCUGGCUAARCUCCGUUUGCUAGACGUAGAUGUUGUCUUUCUUCYCAGCAACCUGUAUGAGUACAACAACCAUAGCCGUCAAGCGGAUCAACAGCAGACGACAACACACAUUGAUCAUGGCCAUGGCCUUCAUGAUGAUGCGACAAGGCAAGGCCAUCAGGAGAAGAGGGAAGAGGAGUUGGAGCCCCAUGGUUGCUCGGGCGGAGAGGUGGAACCUGGCAGUGGUGGCAGGAGGUCAUCUGCAAUCUCAUGCCUAGAAGCAGGCAGCGAUAAUCAGGGAUCAGGAUCCAAACACGAGACUUGGGUGACAGUGGAGCGGCUUCAGCAACCACUUUGUGGCCGCUCGCGGCCCUUAUUUUUCCGCGGUGUUGCAACAGUUGUUGCCAAGCUGUUCCACAUCGUGGAGCCUGAUGUUGCUGUUUUCRGGAAGAAAGACUAUCAACAAUGKCGCCUGAUUGGUCGCAUGGUGAGGGACUUGGAUAUGGCUGUGCAUGUUGUAGGCUGUCCUCUUGUGAGGGAGGUGGACGAGCUGGCCAUGAGCAGCCGAAAUGUCCGAYUGUCACCGGAGGAAAGACAAAGGGCCCUGUCCAUCAGCAGGUCUCUGAGGGAGGCUCUGGAAGCCUACACCAAAGGAGAGGCAAGUUCCACCAACCUGACAGAGAAGGUCAAGGGAUCGAUCUGUGCUGCAGGUGGAAGAAUGGACUAUGUUGAAUGCAUCGACCAGGACACGCUCCAGCCACUUGUGACGGUGGACAGACCUGAUGUCAUUGCAGUAGCUGCAUGGUUUGGGUCAGUCCGACUGAUCGAUAAUGUGGAACUGACAAGCGAACAAGGAGUAGAACGACGAUGACGACGAGGGUGACAACAGAGCUGAACGUGAAACCUGCUUGGCAUUUUCUUAACCCAGG